CCAUAUGCACUCCCUCAACAAAGCUAGGUACCUAUAGGGCAAAUUGGCUCUCUCACUUCCAAGAUAGCCAUCAAACGGCGCCAUUGUGUGGCGCUGACUACUAAGUCGGUCCUAGAGAACCCUUUGCGUCAACUUUUUGCAUACAACUUCUCACGCCCCUCUCCAGUGCCGAUCUGUGCACUUAUCUCAGUUGGAAAACAAUGGAUCCUAAGGAACAACAGGAAGCGCCCAUGUACCUGCGAGGGCAAUGCUUCUGCUCCAGUGUUCAAUUCGAGAUCGUGCAGAUGAAAGCACUGGCGCAGACCCUGUGUCACUGUGAGUCUUGCCGGCGGUCCCACUCAACCGCGUCGCUGGCUUGCAUGACCUUCCCUAUCAAGCUUGAAGAUGGAAAGUCAGCCGACAGCGAGGGCAAGCUUAGGAUUGUGAAGGGCGAAGACAAGCUCAAGCUAUACCAUCACACGCCCAACAGUUACAGCCGCAGAUAUCUCUGCAAGGAGUGCGGAGCGCACGUGUUUAACUCCAUUCCGGGAAUGGGCAUGGUGACCACCUUCCCAACCGUCUUCGGAGGAGCCGUCGACUUCAAGCCCGACUUUCACGUCAACUAUGGGGAGAAGAUCUUCGCCGUUCGGGACGGGCUUCCAAAGUACAAGGGCUUCAUGGGCUCUGAGCGGCUAGACGAUGAUGGGCAACCAAUUGCCGUCUGAAGACCAACUAUAGGCUUUAAAGAGUUAAGUAGGCCCUCAUUUAUUCAAACGCGUGCUUAACCCUAGCUAAGUGGUGCAGUCGCGUUUCAAAAGCUUCAAGGGCACACCAACGGAUGCGUCCAUCCAGCCGCCCCGGUAAAACGGAAGUUACUUCGCCCGGGCGGGCCUCCGACGUUUACAGCUAGCGCCGCGGCAACAAUUCUAGACGCUGUGGAGUCCUUACCCAGUUGAGAGCUCGCUGUCCGUCAAAGUACGAGACGACAGGCUGGCGAGGAGGCAUCAAGUCCGCGUUGGAAUCAGUGGUGUUAACGAGGCCAUGAUCAUGCGGGGAUCAUGCACACUUGCAUGAUCACAAUUGCUCAG